ACAGCCCAGAGUUUGAGAAGGAAUGGGACCAAUGAGGGAUAGUUUCCGGCCUAGGAAAAGAUGUCGUCGGUUUACAAAAGAGGAUACAGCAAUUAGUAUAACAUUACAAGUGUCAAAGGAAUGCCGUCUUGGGAGUCAAGCGGUGUCACUGUCAGUAGUAGACCAAGUGCCCAACAAAUCCCAGCAAGACUGCGACCAAUCGACUUUGGAACCCAUGAAUCAUGAGCCGGGCCUAAUUUUACAAAUGCAGAGCACCUGUUGAAUAAUGAAAUAGUAAACCCGAUCAUUUCCGUGAAGGUUAACUCAUCAUCUUAUCCGCCAAAUUUGCCCUUCCGUCCAUACGAACUCUUUUCUCCUCCGUUUCUUCUUCUGUACCAACAGCGAAACAAGAAGCUGAUGGCGGCUGAGCUGAGCGCCUAGUAAGUAAGAUAUCAUUCCGCCAUUGAAGUCUCAAAAGCCAGGGAGAGAGACAACCUAAAGACACGGAAAAGAUGAUGAGAUUACUGCUCUCAAAGACGGCUUCUACAAGAAAUAGCCUUCAUUUUUCCCAGUUCAAUUCUCAAAGAGGCAUGCAUAGUAGAAACAAGAAAGCAAUGGAGUUCAUUGCCAAAGGAUGGAAUGCUCUGAAGGAAGUUGAUAGAGUGAUAGAUUAUUGUGAUCUUAAUGACCACCGUCUCAUCCCUAUGCUUAGGACAGCAAAGGAGAACUUUGAAUUGGCCCUAGAGGCUGACAACUCAAACACCCAUGCAAGAUAUUGGUUGUCAAAACUGCAUCUGAAAUAUCAUGCCCCUGGUGCAUGUAAAGCUAUAGGAGCUGCUUUGUUAGUGGAAGCUGCUGACAUGGGUGAUAAAGAUGCGCAAUAUGAAUUAGGUUGCCGACUCAGAGUUGAGAAUGACUAUGUUCAAUCAGAUCAACAGGCUUUCUACUAUUUAGAGAAGGCAGUCGACCAGUUGCAUCCAGGUGCUCUUUACCUCUUAGGUGCUGUCUAUUUGACUGGAGAUUGUGUGAAGAAAGAUGUUGCAUCUGCUAUAUGGUGUUUCCAUAGGGCUUCUGAGAGGGGUCAUGCUGGAGCCGCCAUAGCAUAUGGUUCCCUGCUUCUUAGAGGUGCGGAAGUUCCAGAAUCGCUAACAAGAUUUAGUACAAAAAGGAGAUCCCUGACCAGAAUACAAAGAAAUAAGGGGGAAAGGAGUGAGCUUAAUCCACUUGAGAUGGCGAGAGAUCAAUUUGAAAUAGCUGCAAAAGGAGGAUGCGACCUUGGUUUUAGAUGGCUGAAAAGGCUCGAGGAGGAAGAGAAGCGCGUUGCGGCUCCGUGACAAAAUGAAGGAGUACUUCCGUACAAUUAAUUAAACAAUUAGCAAACAGCUGCAAAAAGCAGGAUGCCGCUUUGGGUUUAGAUGUGGUUGAAAAGACUUGAGGAGGAGAGGAGAGUGGCGUUCACUGGCUGGCUUCAUGACAAAAUGUUAAGACAAGGGCCUCGGUACAAGUAAGUUAAAUGAACAACCAGCAAAAGAGGGAUUAUAUAGAUUAGAUAAAUAAUUCAUUCUAGAUCUCCACUGUAAUCUUCAGCCUGGGCUUUGCUCUUUCCCAGUGUGAGUCGGACAAAGAUAUCAAAGAUGCAUUACUGCACAGGUAUUUUCUCUAACAGAGCAAUUUUUCACUCCA